CACAAUAAUUUAGUACGUUCUGGUCGUCGGAGCGAAGAGCACGUACUUCUAUAGCUCUGCGGAGGCACAAAAUAUCGCGCGUAAAAAUUAAUUACCCUUGCUGUAAUUUUGCUUUGCUUUAAGAUUAAACAAAAGAGUGAAGUAAAUCGCAGUUAUAAUUAAAUACCAAAAUGUAAAUAAAAAAUGGCCGCGAAGUGAUUCAGUUUAAUGAACUCUGCUAUUUUCACUUUUCGAGCCACAAUUUCCCAUUCAGAAUUUAUUAGGAAAAAUUAAAAUUUAAAAAGUGUAGCAUUUUUAUUUCAUUCAUUCACAUCUAACUUUAGGCUGUCAUCUUCGGAUCAAAUUUGGAAGAUGAUUCUGCACGUGUGGUGCGCACUAGCAUGCGCGUGCGCCGCGUCAGCUCUGCGUGUGGGCGUGGGCAUCGCCGACGUCACAGGCCCACCGGCUGAGGUCGGAUUUAUGGGCUACGCGAACUUCGAGCAGACAGGCCGCGGGAUCCAUCUGAGGCAGUUCUCCCGCGCUUUCGUGUUGGUCGAUGACAGCAACGAUAGUAAUUCCAGCCAGAGGAUUGUAUUCGUGUCUGUCGAUGCUGCUAUGAUGGGCCAGGGGGUCAGGAGAGAGGUCAUAAAAAGACUGAGGAAGCGUUUCGGUGACUUAUAUACAGAGAACAACGUGAUUAUUAGCGGAACUCACACCCACUCCACCCCGGGAGGGUUUCUCAUGGACUUCCUCUUCGACCUGCCCAUCCUGGGCUUUGUCAAGGAGACGUUUGUGGCUUACAUCGUUGGGAUCUAUAAAAGUAUAGUGAUGGCUCACACAAAGCUGACGCCAGUGAGGAUGGAGUAUGCAGAAGCGGAACUCCUGGGCGCUAAUAUCAACAGGUCGCCCACUUCAUACCUGCGGAAUCCUCCGGAGGAACGAGCUAGAUACAAAUACAACGUGGACAAAACACUGGCCCAGGUCCGUUUCCUCACGGCUUCCAACGAGAUAGUAGGCGUGAUCAACUGGUUCGCCGUCCACCCGACCAGCAUGAACAACACCAACAGAUUGGUAUCCUCGGACAACGUCGGCUACGCGUCCGUUUUGAUGGAGAAAGCGCUCAAUGGGAAUUAUACGCAUCCUGGCAAGGGCAGUAUUGUCUGCGCAUUCGCGUCUACUAAUCUUGGAGAUGUCUCCCCCAACAUCAAGGGUCCACGCUGUGAGUUCUCAGGAAAGCGUUGCGACCAAGAGACCUUGCUGUGCAAGUUGCCGAAGGAGCGGUGCUUCGCGUCGGGCCCCGGCCGAGACAUGUUUGAGAGUACCAAGAUCAUCGCCACAAAACUCUUCGACACUGCUAUGACGGUCCUGAAACAACCAGGCGAAGAUCUCACAGGGCCCUUGGGCAUCGUCCAUCAGUUCGUUGAAAUGCCCUUAGAGCAGGUCCACCCUUAUGACCCUGUUACUGAAACUUUCAAUACUAGUGUAAAUGUCUCUGGUUGCUUACCCGCCAUGGGCUACAGUUUCGCGGCGGGCACCACGGAUGGUCCUGGGGCCUUCGACUUCCGCCAGGGGACCACUAGUGGGAACCCUCUGUGGGACGCUGUGAGGGACUUCAUUGCUGAACCCACCAAGGAAGAUGUGGACUGUCACGCGCCGAAACCUAUACUUUUCGCUACUGGCAGGAUAAAAUUCCCAUACAGUUGGCAGCCCCGAAUAGUGUCUUGCUCCGUGGCGCGCAUCGGAGGGUUGCUGCUGGCGGCGGUGCCCGGGGAGUUCACCACGAUGUCGGGGCGGCGGCUGCGCGGCGCGCUGCGGCGGGCGGCGGCCGCGCGCGCGCGCCGCGUGCUGCUGGCCGGCCUCGCCAACGUCUACUCGGACUACAUCGCCACGCCCGAGGAGUACCAGGCUCAGCGCUACGAGGCGGCUUCCACAAUCUUCGGUCCUCACACCCUCGACAUCUAUCUCAACAAGUAUGUUCAACUCACCGAGGCUUUGCUCAAUAGCCGCAGCGUGGCGCCGGGCGCCGCGCCCGCGGACUUCAGCGCGCAGCUGAUCUCGCUGGUGCCGCCCGUGCUGUGGGACGCGGCGCCCUGGCGCCGGGAGUUCGGCGACUGUCUCCACCAGCCAGAGCAACACUACAGCUACGGGGACACCGUCUCUGCUACAUUUGUGGCUGGUCACCCCCGCAACAGCAUACGUCACGGUCGAAGCUAUGCCAUCAUAGAGAAGCUGGAAUCCGAGCAAGAUGACUCCUGGGUGUCUGUAUUGACUGAUGCAGACUGGGAGACCAAAUUCAUCUGGGAACGGAACUCCAAGAUUCUCGGGACCAGUUAUGCCAAAAUCGAGUGGGAGAUCGCCCCCGGCACUCCCCCGGGCAAGUACAGGAUCCACCACUACGGCAGCUACAAGUACAUCCUCGGGGGCAUCUACCCUUACCACGGCUUCUCUGACACGUUUGAAGUCACCUAAUUAAUGUAUAGUUGAAAUAUUCCCUAAAGUUGUUCUCAAUAUUUUGGUAUAUAAACUAAAAAACCAAAAGAAUGCUUUCCCAAGUAUAGUAAAAAAAAAAUCGUUAUGGCACUGACCUUUUAAAGACUUUUUAAAGAAAUUGUGAUCGCGCGAUGAGCCUGCUCUGUAUUUUAAAACGAAAAUAACGAUAAAUAGUAUGAAUUGGACCGUGAUGUAAAUAUAGGCCAAAAUAUAUAUUAGAUAGGCCUAUAUAAAAAAUGUAAUCUAGAUUAUCUUUUCCAUAUUUUAGUCAAAGUAUUUUAGUUAAAGAUCUUUGAUAUAUUUUAGCGAAUGUAAUCAACAUUCUCUUUUUUUUGGCUGUUUAAAAUUACAAAUGUAGAUCACAAUUAGAUGUAAAUUGAUCAUGAAUAAGAAUAAAAAAAGGAUUUGUAAGAUGUUUUCUCAAAAAAAAAAAAACAAACCAUGGUCUUCGGUUAAUGGCUGACUGACUACGCUUUGCUUAUGGAGACUUUUUUAUGCCAUUUUUUUAGGUAUCUUGUGAUAUCAAAGUGAUAUAUUUAAGAUUACAACUACUUCCUUUAAUUUAUGUUAUAAUUAUUAUAGAGUCAAUAUUAAAUAUAUGUUUUCCGACGCGAUGUUGAUAUGAAAUUAACAUCUUGUCCGAAGAUUAAAACAUAUAUAUAUAUUAAUAAGUAAUAAUGCCUUUAGUUCUAAUCAAAUAAAAUCAUUUAUUCAGAAAUGAGACCCUUCACAGGCACCUUUUUACGUCAUAAUCUAAAUCCUAACUAAUAUUAUAUCUAAAUGCGAAAGUAAGUAAGUUUGUUUGUUACAUCUUCACGCCCUAUAUGCAUAAUGUGAAGUGUGGAUAAGGCAUAUGACACGUCAACCUACUCAAAUUCAUUGCAUACUCGCCGCUAUUACCGCGACAUAGAGGUUCACGCAGGGUAACUUGAUGUGCUGUUGACUGUACCUUUCAUCCCGGAAAUAUAUCUGCACCCGUGGGGAAAAUUUCGAGGGCGAAGCCGCUGGCGAAAGCUAGUUAUAUGAUAUUUACCAAAGCUAUAAAUAUCACGGGUCGCCCAGGGUCAUAAUUAUACUAUUAUAAAAUGGAUAAAUCUAAAUUUCAGUCAUUUAUUUAUCGUAUAGUUUUGUUAUCCAAUUCUUACCUACGUAUAAGUACUUACAUUUCAUUUUGUAUUUUUUUUUACCUAAGACUGUACCCUAUUACCGAUCAAAUGAACUGACGUCAUUGUUAUGAGAUAAUUUUAGAAUUAUCUUUGAUAUAUUUUCAAAAAAUAUAGAUGCCUACUUGAAACCAAAGUGUUGCUUAUAAUGUACUAAAUACUUAGCCUAUAAGAAGCUUUUUCCCUUACUAACUAUAUAACAUUAUGCUAAUAUUUUAUAUUAGUCAUGUACUUAGGUAUUUAUAUAUAUAUAUACAACAUGUUUAUUAUACUUUUAAUAGAAGAUCGGACUUGUUGGCUUGUCUGACUGACAGAAAGGGAUGCAGUUAUACAAAAUAAAGAGAAGCAUAAGGUUUACCACGAAACAAACACGUAGCACGUUACUAACGUCCACAUGCUGUCUCUUUUCCUCAUAUCGUGUACGCAUCGUGUAAGAAAAAGAGAUGACGUGUGGACGCGAUGUUGUGCUGCGUGUUUUAUGUUUCAUGUUAGACCCCCAGGACGACUUUCCUUUUCUGAUAAAUAGUAAAUACUAAUACCAUCCCUUUCUGUUGGUCGGUCGUGGAAUCAACCACCUAGGUGCGUCUAUUAUUAGUAUUAAUCUGGGAUGCGUAAUAAAAUAUCUUCCAGUAUAUUGUAAAAUGUCAAUAAACAGCGAAAAUUAAAUAUUACAAAAUUA